CAGUGGGUGGGGUGAGAUGAUAAAAGACGGUGGAAGGCAAAUUCUUUCCAAAGCCCAGACCUUGGAGUGGCCCCAGAAGUUGUGGACGUGCCCAAAUUUUGUUCUCUCCUUCGUUAGAACAAUCUGUAGUUCAAUGGGAAACUUUAUCGGUCAUGUGUACCCGGGGCUGUUUCUAUUUUCAUACGGACUGUAUCAGGCAAUACUGGUCUCCAGAGCUGUGAUAUUCAAUGACUCUCUCCUGAAUCCUUCAUGUCCUCCAAGAAAUAAGGGAAGAUGGGCCAGGCUGUGGGAAAUAUCCUACCGAGGUUUGUUGAAAAUAGUGACGGGCUCCACCUUGAUAGCUUAUGAGAACAGAUGCGUUAAAGGAGGGUUGAUACUGAUGAACAGGGAUAUGCCACCAAGAUUUAUGCACCCCAAAGAGUGGCAGCACCUCACCAUGUUCAUCCUCCUCACCCUCAGUGGCUGCGUAGAUGUCACGAGCAAGAACUUGCUGCCUCAGAGGUGUGUACUCCUAGAAAAAGGUACCCUGAUCCUGACCUUCUAUGUGCUCCUGCUGCUGUUCAUGUCACAUGUUCAAGAUUCAACAGGGGUGGAGCUGCAGGUUCAUUCUCUACUCAUCUUGGUGGUGGUCCUGCUGAUGCUGGUGUUGACCAUGGAGCUGUGGGCUCCCAACGCAUUUCACCUCUCAAUGAUCGAGACCUUCCUGUUUCUGAUGAUGGGCUCCUGGCUGAUGCAGGCAGGUUUUAUUCUGUACAAACCAGUCACCGGCUAUCCAUGGCAGGAUGAUGACAUCAGUGACAUCAUGUUCGUCACCACCUUCUUCUGCUGGCAUGUGAUGAUCGAUGCUUUGUGCCUGUUGGGAAUCUAUGGCAUCUCUUUCUUUUGGCAUCGUUGUUAUGCUCCCAGCUUGAAGCUAACAGGAUGCAAAGAAGCACCAUAUUACGGGAACACUGAAGGACUCAUGUACAAAUUACUGCCGGAAGUGGAGCAGCCAGAGAGAGAUGACCAAGCUCUUCUCCUUCCAGAGAGCUCGCCCUGAGACAGGGCCUAGGAUGCCUGGCACACUGUCUACCCCUUCUUCCUCCUUGUAGGUUCUCUGACAUGAGCGUUGUAGCCUCUUUGGUCCCCAGUGAAGGUAAUAGCCGUGAUAGAGAGCAGUUGGUCUCCAUCUGCUGGUACAUCUCCUGUCCUUGAAGCUCUAAUUGCUGAGGAAAUGAGAGGGGGCUGAGAAAGGGAUGCUGAUGGGAUUGGUGAGGUGGGGGAAAGAAGACCAGGGAACUA